CACUAGGGUAGUAGACGACACUAAGCAUAUGAUUCCCUCACAAAACCCCAAAAUAUUAUAUCUUUUGGUCAUAUUUCACUCACUACCAUCAUCAUCUUCUGCUGCAUAUGCUCUCUUUGCCAAUGCACUGUUCAACCUCAGUAGUUCUGUUUCUCAGUGACUAAUAAUAAGUUCUUGAAGGAAGGAAGCAAAUCUGAAGAUGUUUCUGCAGUAAUUGGUAUCCAGUGCUUUCUUGCUUUGGGAUGAAAUGAACUAGUGGUCUACUAAUAAGUCAGAUCCCUGUAGUAAGAUAGGUCAAUUUGGCACAUCAUUUUUUUUCAGGUCACCAGUAGCUAUCUCCAAAACUGUAGUUCCUCCCAGCCUCAGCUCAGCCUUUCUGAGUUCAGUUGCUUCCAUCAUGCUGUCCUUCAGCUAAUCUCUCCUUGCUUCCCAUCAUCCAAUUUUCAGAGAAAUUAUUUUUCCCUUCUUCAUCACAACUCCAGAAGCUAUCACCUCUGUCAUUGUUCUUCAAUCUUCAUCACAAAAAGGUAGAAAGAUUUGCUGUUCUUGGCUUCAGAAAUCUCUGGUUUCUGCUGCAUUGCUGCUCAUCAAGAAACCAGAAGCUGAACAGCUGCAGGAAGUGAGCCAAGAAAUGGGUGGAAAUGGCGAGCGUUUAGUGGUGGUGUUCUUGGUGUCGGUGGCGAUGGCGAUGGUGCCGGGGAGCACGCAGCUGCAGGCGUCGCAGACAUGGUCGCUGCUCAAGAUCCAGCAGAUGCUCAACUACCCGGCGGUGCUCGGCCACUGGCACAACUACACCGACUUCUGCUACGGCGGCGACUACAAGACCACGUCGGCGUUCGUCGAGUGCUACGGCGACAGCGUCACGCAGCUGCACAUCAUCGGGGGCGGGGGAGGCGCGCCGCCGCUGCCCAAGACGUUCUCCGUCGACUCCUUCUUCACCACGCUGUCGAGGCUCCCCGACCUCCGGGUGCUCACCCUCACCGGCCUCGGCCUCUGGGGCCCAUUGCCCGGCAAGGUCUCGCGGCUCGCCGCGCUGGAGAUCGUCAACGUCAGCGGCAACUACCUCUACGGCGAGCUCCCGCUCGCCCUGUCCCGGCUCGGCAAUCUGCAGACGUUCAUCGCCGACGACAACAUGCUGAGCGGCGAGCUGCCCGGGUGGCUGGGGAGCUUGCCGCAGCUGGCCGUGCUGAGCCUGAGGAACAACUCGCUGGAGGGCGCCGUGCCGGAGUCGGUGAGGGACAUGCCGUCGCUCCGGUCGCUGGUGCUGGCGUCCAACAAUCUCUCCGGCAACCUGCCGGACCUGAGCGGCGUCAAGAACCUCCAGGUGAUCGACCUCGCCAACAACUCGCUCGGGCCGGAGUUCCCGCGGCUCGGCCGGAAGGUGGCCAGCGUCGUGCUCAGCGGCAACAAGUUCAGCGGCGGCCUCCCGCCGGAGCUCGCCUCCUUAUACCUGCUCGAGCGCCUCGACGUGUCCAGGAACAGGUUCGUCGGCCCGUUCAUGCCGGCGCUGCUCUCGCUGCCGUCCAUCGAGUACCUCAGCGUCGCCGGGAACCGCUUCACCGGGAUGCUCUCCGGCAACAUGUCGUGCGGCGACAACCUCCAGUUCGUCGACGUGUCCUCCAACCUCCUAACGGGGAGCCUCCCCACCUGCCUCACCACCGCCGCCCCCGCCGGGGAAACGGACUCCUCCAAUUCCAAGACGGUGCUCUACUCGGCGAACUGCCUCGCCACCGUCGCCGGCGACGACACCCAGCACCCGACCCCGUUCUGCAAGAACCAGGCUAUCGCCGUCGGCAUCGUGCCCACCGACCAGGCGCGCAAGAAGCCCAGCGGCGCCAGGUCCGGCCUCGUGGCAGGCGCUGUGGCGGCCGCCAUUGCCGCCGCGGUGCUCGCCGGCGCGAUGAUCUUCUUUGCCGUGAGGAAGGCGAGCAUGAGGAGGGCGCAGGCGAUGCCGCCAAGAAGACUAGUGGAGCACGCGUCGAGCGCUUAUCCUUCCAAGCUCUUCGCCGAUGCGCGUUACAUAUCUCAGACAGUGAAACUAGGAGCUCUGGGCAUUCCAGCAUACAGAUCAUUUUCUUUGGUUGAGCUUGAAGCGGCGACUAAUGACUUCGAAGUAUCAAAUCUCAUGGGGCAAGAUUCUCACGGACAGAUGUACCGAGGGAAGCUAAGUAAUGGAACUCCAGUGACAAUCAGGUCUCUGAAAGUUAAGAGAAGCCAGACUUCCCAGAGCUUCAAUCGCCACAUUGAGAUGAUCUCAAAGCUCAGGCAUAGGCACUUGGUUAGUGCACUUGGACACUGCUUUGAGUACAAUCUUGACGAUUCUACCGUCACGCAAUUGUAUCUCGUCUUCGAAUACGUUCAAAAUGGCAACCUGAGAGGCAGAAUUUCGCAAGGAACAGAAGGGAGAAAGCUCACCUGGGUGCAGAGAAUAUCAACAGUCAUUGGUGUUGCCAAGGGCAUUCAGUUCUUGCAUGCAGGGAUCAUACCUGGCCUAUUUGCAAAUAACCUGAAGAUCACCAACAUUCUUCUGGACCAGAAUCUUGUUGCCAAAAUCGGCAGCUACAACAUCCCCAUCCUAUCUGAAACCAUGAAAUCUGAGGGAGGAUCUGGCAACAAGUAUCCAUCUGAUAGUGUACCAAACGGCGACAAGAUCGACAUCUUCGACUUCGGAGUAAUACUGCUCGAGGUUGUCUCGGGCAGGCCAAUCACAUCCAUCUACGAGGUGGAAAUAAUGAAAGAACAGUUGCAAUCGGCGCUGACGGCGGAGGGGCCGAGCAAGAGGAGGAGCUUCGUGGACCCGGCGGUGAGCAAGGGGUGCUCCGACGAGUCGGUGAGGACGGUGAUGGAGAUCUGCCUGAGGUGCCUGGCCAAGGAGGCGGCGCAGCGGCCGUCGGUGGAGGACGUGCUGUGGAACCUGCAGUUCGCGGCGCAGGUUCAGGAUGACUGGAGAGGGGACUCCCGGAGCAGCGAGGAGUCGCCGCUGUCGCCGUCCCAGAUCCCCAGAGAAUCAGACCAGUACUAGAUGAUAGGCACAUAUAGUUUGUCAGGUUGAGGUAAAACAGCAAGCGGGAAAAAGAAAAUGGAGCAACAUUUUGCAGCGUGAUCUCUGUAGAGCUGAAGUACUGAACAGAAGAACAAUUCCUGGCAAGUGUAUACAGCAGCUGAAGCUGAACUGGAACUGCAUAUUGGUGUGCUACCGUAAGAUGUGUACAGGGCCUUGUCGGUGUAGACCAGUAGAAGUCGGUGGGUUCUUUACUUUCAUUUCUUUUGUAUUUUUUUUAUUUGACUCUACUACUUUUUCUAUAUGUACCUUUUGAAUAUGUAAGAAGCUAAGCACAACUGUAAUUGUUUUUCUCCCUUUGAAUUUAUUUAGGACUAAAUGUAACAUCGCUGAAAUCAUAUGGUUUAGUACGUUUAUGGCAUGUCUUCUGUAUGAGCAUUAGGCCCAUUGCCUCAUGUGUUUAUGUGUGUAUGAGCGAUUUUAAGAGCAUUC